CGCCGUCACUCCUCAACUACCUCACUGCCUCUUUCUCCGUUCCAUUACAAAAGCCAGAGCCGGUUUUUUCUCGUAGUGCUAGUAUAUCAAUCUCACUUAGGCUUGUCAGCCUCCUGUCUCUCAUUUGCAUUUUCCUCCUUUCCCUCUCCCCCGCUCCCCUCCCGCCUCCCGCCGCUUUUCUUCUCCCCCUACCGCUCGAUACUGAUCAAGUUGCAGGCAAGAGAAAAAGCGCACAAUGGCGAACUCUUUUGAUUCGGGUCAGCGUCCCCUUACACACGUCAGAUACCAGUCCGCGAACUCCAACCCUUAUGGCUCAGGUGACCCUUACUACAACCAGUCCUCAGGCUUUCUGCCCCCGCAGAAACCCAAGAAGGGCGUCAGCAACUGGAUCAAGUUUGGCAUACCUGUAGCCAUCCUCGUCAUUGCCGGAAUCGUCGUUGGUGCCGUCGUCGGAACCAAGAAGAGCAAUGAUAACAAGACCGCAUCGAAAAACGACCCGUCUGCCGCAGCGAGCUCCGCCGUAUCGGCUAAAAGCGAGAUUGGCCGCUUCGCUGUCUCGACGGAUAGCGAAUGGAUGCUGCCAGUAUACCCCUCCACGACCAAUACCGCUGUUUUCACUACUCCCACGUUUAUCGACACGAGCGACAAGAAUCUCGCAUGGCCGCAAGACCCAUUCCAACCAUCUAACCCAAGUCCAACUACGGUGCGCACCGACCGUCCGCGCCUUAUUGCGCCUGCCUUCAAGUGGGAGGCGCUUCCCAACCUUAUCGCACACGACCCUUACCUCAGCGGUUGGAACCAAACCAUUUUUGGCAAUGCCACGCAAUGGAAAAGCAUGGAUCCCGUCCCAUACUUCAUGGAUGGAUCCAGCGGUAUUCUUGAUGUCUGCCGUCAGGUCAAGGAGCGUGUCAAGGCUUUCGCGUAUGCUUAUCGCAUGACAAAUGAUACGUCUUGGGUUGACCGAACCUGGCUUGAGCUUCAGAAUGCUGCCGGAAAUACUUCGAAUCCUUGGGGUCCUGAAGAGGACAGGUGGAACUCUGCCCACUUCCUUGAUACUGCAGAAAUGUCAGCUGCUUUCGGUAUUGCCUACGAUUGGCUUUAUGACAUGUGGUCGGAUGACAAGAAACAAGCAAUCCGUUUCACAUUGAACAAAUACGGUCUUAGUCUGGGUGUUGCUGCUCUGACACAGGGUACGAACGGCUGGUGGUCCGCUGCCGGUGUCUACGGUAACUGGAACUGUGUUUGCAAUGGCGGAUUGACCUUGGCUUCCCUUGCCGUUCUCGGUGAUGACGAAACAGGAAACGCUCAGCAGCUCCUCGGACUCACUAUUCCGAACGCAAAGGAGAAUUGUGUGUUUGCAGUGUCGGACGAUGGCUCGUGGGCCGAGACUGCGAAUUACUGGUAUUUCGGGACGACUGGUUGGGCCGAAAUGACAGCUGCACUCAUAUCCGCGACUGGUUCAGAUUUCGGUAUGCUCAGCAACAACCCGAACUUCAACCAGACCGGUCUUUUCCACAUGUACAUCCAGGGUGCGACAUCACUGUUUAACUAUGGUGACCACGGCCCCAACAAGUACACCGCUACAGCGAACUCGCUCAUCUUCAUGGCGGAUAAGUUCAAUGUACCGGCAUAUGUCUUGUACCAGCGCGACCAACACGACGCGGCUGACCCUUGGAGCAUGUUCUGGUAUGACCCUACUGUGUCUGGCGCGUUCUGGGACGGCAUGCCUCUUGACCACUUCUUCGAUAACCAUACCGACCAAUGGGCGUCGAUGCGCUCUUCAUGGACCGACCUGAAUGCGUUGUAUGUUGCAGUCAAGGCCGGUAUGCUUCAGGGUCACCAGACGCACAAUGAUUUGGAUGCUGGUGACUUUGUCCUUGAUGCACUUGGGACGCGUUGGGCUGGUGACCUCGGUUCGGGUGACUAUCUGUCAACAGGUUAUUUCUCCAGCGAUGCUCAGGACAGCCAACGCUGGCUGUAUUACCGCAAGCGGACUGAGGGCCAGAACACAAUUAUGGUUAACCAGUCGAACCAGAAUGUAGCCGCGCAGCCUCAGAUUGUGAAGUCUGGAUCAUCCGGGACUACGCAGGGUUCAAGUACGGUGCUUGACAUUCCGGAUGGCUCCACCGCAUUCUGGGUGGCAGACCUCACUAGCGCGUACUUUGACGUUACGUCGUUCCAGCGAGGCGUUCGGUUACUAAAUAAACGCAGGCAGGUUCUGCUCCAGGACGAAAUAAAUGCAAGCCAGGCGAUUCAAUGGCGCAUGCACACGAACGCGUCCGUGUCUAUCAGCGGCAAUCAGAUUACCUUGCAGCUAGAUGGUCAGACGAUGGUUAUGGAGGUCCUGAAUGCACCGUCUGGCCUCCAAAUUGGCAAGGCGGACGCAGUUCGACUCCCCAGUGAUCCGGCUCUGCCACCUAACCAGGUAGACCAGCCGAACCCUGGAGUGACGGUGGUAACCAUGGACCUGCCAGCUGGGCAAUAUACGCUGGAGAUUCUCUUCAACCCGCAAUGGCCAGGCAUGUCCUCGAGUGACUUUGUUUCACCAAAUAGCGUUCCAUUAGCCAACUGGGACUUGACUAGUCACAAUGGAGCAUAAAUUACAGACAUUCUAUCUUGUUUUAUCAUUGACUUUCCAGUCCAGGAGCCUUAGGCUCUAUUUUUGUUUCACUACGGACCGUAGGAUUACGAAUAAUCUACCUCUUUCCUCCUCCCUCCGCUCGUUUACUUCUGAGGUUUGGUACUUAGUAGCGUUUAGUUGCUGUGUGUUACGAAAAGCUAGUUUGGAUGGAUUUGAGCUGAGCUCGA